CGAAAAUAACAUUCAUACGGCUGACCACAACAGCGGUGGCUUUGCUUCUGCCGAUGUUGCGGCGGCAGAGGCUGCAGUGGAUCUUGCGGAAGACGCUGCGAAACACGAACUGUCUCGAGAAGAGGUUGCGGAAGCUAGUAGUACUACGUCGGCUGCACGAUCGCAGGACGAGGUAACCCAAGACUCGCAAGCGUCCACGACGAUUGAAGUUUCGGGUCCGAAGCCUCUGCUGUCGCAGAAACCGAUGAUCGGAAAUGAUUCUCCAGCUCGGUGCCAUCUUCCUCACUUCGCGCGCCACCUCGCUGGUACCUGCGAUUGCGCACAUUGUCACUUUGGUCUGACGCGCGCCCGCGAGUACUGCUUCUUUUUGCGAAAACAGGUUGUGGCGGUCGCGCGGGUCUUCGAGGAGUCGCAGGUCGUCACCUCGCUCUUCCCCGACGUGAAGGAAGUAAAAAUCGAGCUGGAAGACGAAGAGGCCUUUUUUAAGAUUCAUGUUUUUGCUAUCUUGCUAUCCUUUUUAGCUUGUCAGACAAAGUCUGAAGUUGGCGAACCUUAUUAGAAACUGUUCUAUAAAGGGAACACUUAUUUCGGACGCCGCGAAGGUCUUCUAAUUAGGAUAGUGAAAAAGUAGUUGUACCUCGUCUAACUCUUGCAAAAAUUUGUUUGGACACGAGCUGAACCAGGUGUCGGCACCAGGUGGUGGGGUUUUCGCGUUCGAGCUGCCACGCGAUGUCGUUUGCGUUGCCAGAGGAAGCCGGUUCCGCUUGCAGCUUCCACGCGGAGGUCGUGGUCUCAAAAUCAGUGCUUUAGACCCGCGAGCGACGGGCUCCUCUUCCACUGCCGCUGGCAUCCAACAAGACCUACUAGUCAUGGGACAAGACUCUCCAGAACCAGAAGAAGAGAACGAUGAUGCCGGAUACGUCGAGCAGGGAACUCGUGAAGAGGAAGAUGACGAUACACCGGAGGACGAAGAGUUGGACUUCGUUGAACAGCACGACCAGCAACAGGCACAAGGGGUUACUCCUGGUGGCAGAGUCGAAUACAUUCGCGCGAGUGCGCAGCGCGCUAGUUUGAUUUCUGCAACGCCGCGGAGCGGAUUGUUCACGCCGACGCCUCGUCAUUCCACUCUCAACGCCUCUAGUUUCGCUCCCCAGAAAUCACAGUUCACGGUUCCCGGUUUGGGGCUCGUUCUUGGCAUCACCCCACGAACUGAAUAUGGGGACUCCACGCAGCACCUUUACUCCGCGCGCAGAAGCUACGACGCAGUAGCGACGCCGCGCUCUAUGGGAGAAGUGAAAACUACUAGUGCGCCUCUUCUAACUUCGCGAUCUAGUGCCGUGCUUAGCACAACGCCGCACGCAGUUGGCGCUGCACCUGCGACGCGGACUCCGCGUUGGAGCACAUCCACUACCACUUUGGUCGGGGCCUCCGCUUUACCUUCUGCGCGUCAGCGCUAUAGCAUUCUCUCGAGAUCAGCGACGAAAAGACCCAUUCGCGUGACAGGUGCUGCAACAACUCCGUCGCCUGUUGAGCAAGUUCAUCAGCUCUCGAAAACUGCUACUUUAUGAAUUCUGGAUAUCAUCUUCAUCCAUUUCGGAAGUAUCCUCGAGCCUUUGUCGCAUAAGAACAGAGCAUGUGGAAGUACCAGAAGGAGCGUCGGUCAUGUCGUGGCAUAUUGAUAUAAGCUCUAAGAUGGAUUUGUUAUUGUUUCUCAGCAAAGAUGGAUUUUUUGUUAUUCCUUCUUCUAAUUGCAUCAGCAAUAUCGUCGCAGCAAAACGCGUUGCAUCCGGCAUCUCCUGUCUAUCGUGGAAUUUUGCCUGGACGCGCGGUGAACGUCGACCCAAGAAGCCACCGGGUCACUGUUGGACCUGCUCCGCGUAUGAUCUUUGCGCCCGUGGUGCUUCCAUCAUCUACGGGUGCACGCAGUGGCGUUGGCAGUGGAUACUCUAUCGGGUAUGGGAGCUACGGGGCCAUCAUGAAAAUGGCGCAUCACGGCGUUGUCGGACUUCGACGCUUCCGCGAAAACGUCCGCUGAAAAGUGAAGAAGUGACCUACUUGAAGACUUGGAUACAUUUUUGGGAGAGCCACUGAGAUCAGGCCACUUGUUAAACAUAGUUGGAAAUCAUAUUUCCCAACGUGAUUAGAUAUAAUUGGGAACACAGGAAUUUGAUAGCGAUUAGAAGUCUGAGAUACCUCUAACCACGAUAAAUCCGAACUGGUAAGAAAAUAUAAUGCUCAUCGAACAUGAGCAGAACCACUUAAUUUCAUCUAAAGAACUGCCGAAAAUUUAUACGAAAUCGUAUUGAAGAUAGUUUUGCCAAGCACAGACGUGUACCAGGAAGAAAGAGAAUACGACUGCUGAUUUUGAAUAGAAAACCUUGAGCAUGAUUCCGAUUUUGGUGACCUAUUGGUGACUAAGUUUGACACAAAAUUCUAAUUGUUGAACUUAGAGCUUGCAGAUUCACGCUGCAUUUGCGCACAAUCGCCUAAAUUUUGCACAGAAGUAGAAGAAGUAAUAAAUUGGAGAGAUUUUUUUGAACUUGAAUUUCAUCUUGCUGUUUGAUGUCGUCUCACUUUCUCGACGGAGCCGACACUUUUUGAAUAUUACCUAAACUUAUGAACCGAAAAGCAUAGUCGAGCCGCCUUUUAUAUGUCAUUAUGCCAGAGCCAGAACUUGUAUCUAUAGCCUGAUGGAUUGAAAAAAAUGAACUGAUGACUUCUGCGCAUGCCAUGAACAAAUUGAGAGUGAGUAUCGUUGUGAUGUCGUCUGAUACGGUGAAUUAGAUAGUCGACAUCAAAGUUUUGCUAUUUUCGAGAAUAGGUACCUUCAUAAUCGUACCAAAAGAGGUUUGCCUCAUCUACCGAGUAGUCAGUGGAAACAAAUAUUUCGAUAACAUCCAAAAGAAAAAGAUGAUACUAGAAAAUCUCACGACGAGCAAUUCACACACAGAACCACAGCGAAGCUAAGCAUAUCUGAACUACUAGUUGAUUAGAAAAAAUGGGAGCUCAGAAGAACAAUAAGCUGCUGAACUAUUACUUACACAUCACUUCGAACAACUACGGUAUGAUAGAUAAUUACACCCCUCGGCUUGAGAACUAAUAGAGUUACUUAUGGAAGAUAUCAAGAAGUGCUCCUCAGAAUUUUCGACACGAUAUCAAAGUAUGAUUUAAGACAAAAAAUGCACCACAGAUCUUAACGGACUCAAUGCAAAAAUUUAUCGAGA